AUGGGGACCCCAAGAAAGAUGUGGACAUUAGAGGAAGAAUCGGCCCUCCUGGCUGGAGUAGCCAAGCACGGUGCUGGAAAAUGGAAGACCAUCCUCACCGAUGAAGAAUUUGCACCUCGCCUAGUUAAUCGAUCCAAUGUUGAUCUCAAGGAUAAAUGGCGUAACCUUAGCUAUCAUGUGUCGAGCAGUGCUUGGCCAGCUCCAGAAAGCUCAUCAGAUAAUAACUAUAAGGAAACUGGUCCUUGGUACCAUGAUAUGAUUCUUGAAGCACUUUCAUCUGUGGAGAACCCGGAUGGAAUUGAUAUCAAUUCAAUUCAUUCCUAUAUUGAGAAUGGUAAUCUUUACAAGAUCAAACAUGAUGUGCCAGUGGAUCAUGAGAACAACAGUGAUGAGCAACAGGAAGUCAACAACAAUUCUGAAGAAACAGAGGAAGAUUUGGCAUCGUAUGUUGCCUAUCGAAUUGUUGUGGCUGAAGACGCACAACGUAAAGCAAUUGAAGCAUGUAAAGAGGCAGAUCGCUUGCAGAACCUUGUAGAAGAGAGUAUGGCAAUGCUAAAAUUUGCUGAAGAGGCAUAUGAAAUAGCUUUAAGAGACGGGAUUGUUCUUCUUCGUUGUGAUUCUGAUAGUGUGCAUGAGUCAAGAAGUGUUUCAUCGAAUGAUGAUAUUCCGGAAGAGGAUUAG